AUGGCUCUGGGUCGACCAUCAUACCUGCAUGAUGCCAACACGACCACCCUCAUGCUGACGGCCUCGGAUUUUGAAGACUGUAAUCCAGAUUCCGGCAACGAUGCGGCUGGGAGACCUGAGUUGGUUACAGGGAUCCACUGCUUUGUCGCCAUGGCCGAAUUGACUGUCAUUCUCAACGAGGUCCUGGCCAUCUUUUUCACAAUCAGCUCCGUGGUCAGCCUGCGCGACGCCACGGGCGAGCACAUCAUUGCAUUGUCCGACAGCAUCGAGGCGAAGCUCGAGAGUUGGCGUGCCGUAUAUCUCGACCAGAUCCUGACACAACGGUUUUUCCCUGAUGUGACUGGUGAGAAAUUACUUGAUAUCCGUCGUAGCUUGGAGCUCGCCUACAUCACCGUCCGGGUCAUGUUGCUUCGCGGUAUAUUUCCGAAGCUGUACCGACGGAAUUUACCUCUGGAUAAUCAAGACGCCCGGGCUGUCGAAGUCACGUCCCGCGCGAUAUCGUUGGUGGAGACUCUGCAGAUCAACCGUCUCAGUGCGUUCUGGUGGUCUUGCUCGGGCUUCAAUUUUGCUCUCGUCGGUACCUUCAUGGCCAGCCUGAAGCGACUAUCGACCGAUCCCAUACGCGCGCGUUACUGGGAAGAGCGACUGCAGUAUUAUCGAAAGCUUCUCACGGCGCACGGGGUGAGUUUCUGGCCUGCCAAGUUCGCCGCAACCGCGUUGGAGCUCAUGGCGAAGAAUCUGAAGAAGGCCACCAGUGGUGUUGUGACCGAAAAUGCCGAUGGCGGUAGUACCAGCAAUGGCGGUGCCGGGUUGGACGGGUUUCUCGACGCGUUUACAUCUCCCGGGACGUCGUGGUCAGGAGUAUCAUAUGAUUUCUUUCCUCAUAAUCUCACCGUGUUGAACGAGGCGGAUCUCUCAGCAGAUUGGGCCGUCGGCGGCGGAGAAGGGUUUCAAUGGCAGUCGAUGAAUCUCGGAUAG